AAGAGGUGCUACUGUACAAGACGACGGAAGACAACAACAGCAUUGGAUACUCGAGACCGCCUUCCAUAUGUCAAGACAUUUCAGUAAGAAUUUGAUAAACUCGUCGAUUGAAAUUGAGUUUGUGAAGACAAUCUUUAAGAACAGAAGAUGUGAGCUAGCUACGAACGUUUACUUUGAACAUUUGAUCUUACAAGGCUCCCGGUGGCACACAAAGCAAUAACGUUACUAGCUAGACCGUUACUGUUUCUAUUUGGGUGUGCCACUUGCAAUGAGAGGAAAUCAACACCGACUGGGUUUUGGAGAAACAGAAAUAGCAUCACUUCCAAAGUCCAGUUUAACAUUGACAGAAGAAGAAGAGGAUAGCCAAAAUAGAGUCAACCUAUAACCACCCUCUUGCAAGUCGUCAGGACACCUUGGGUAUUUACAAUGGACCACAUACAUGAUUGUGUGGAUGAAUGUGAGUCUGACCACUCAGGAACCACGCACAACUCAGAAUUUCAGCUCCAUGUCUCAACUACAAUGAGCAACAGACCAAGACCAGGUGAGCGAGUCCGGCUCUACUCAGAGUCCCAGGUGUGCUCCCAGGUUGGAAAAAGGGAAGACACAGAGUUUCAGGAUGUGAUGACUCCUACUGAGGAUGGCGGGGGUGAUGGGGCUUCAUUCCGAGGCCGAUCACAGUCUGCUCCUCCUGCACUGUGGGCUGCAAAGAAAUAUGGCUGCCAGCUGAGGAGGAUGAGUGAUGAAUUUGACACCUGGCUCGACAAAGGGGAGCCCAAGAGAGGGAUUAGCCCAGGAGGAGGCAAGCAGAAAGUCUCCCGAGGAUGGUUCUCUUUCCUCUGGAGUCCAAAGGAGGCGGAAGGCAGGGAGUGAGAAACCAAUACAGUACGCACCUCUUUCAGAGACCCAGCCAAGGCAUAAAGGAGCUCAUACACAUUUCCAUAAUGACUGGACCACACCUGAAAUAUUCACAUCUCAUAGGCAUACUUUUGCUUAAAUUACAGUAUGUCUUUGGAGAAUAUCACCAAUUCAAAUGUGACCUUUUUGUACAAUCAAAUCAAACGUUAUGCAAAAAUGCAUUGCAUAUUGAAAAUAUGUUGCAAUAUUACCAAAAAGUUAUUCAGUGCAUAAUAAAUGCAUUUUCGAAGAAAUGCAGUCAUUAAAAAGCGACAAUCUCUUGUGCCAAUUACAUAUUUAUAAACAUAUUUGCAGAGAAAUGUCAAAUUGUUCUAUGAAAUGUUUCUACAUUUGUAAGUAUGAAUUUCAAAGCGUAGGCUAAUAACUAAUGGUUUGAAAUAAACAAAAUGUAAAUAUACUUUAAUGAUUCUUAAAAUAUGAAACCUGUGAAAGAACAACUGAUCUGUGACGACAAUAAUUACAAGACGGGUAUGGUGUGCAAAACGUUUUAUUAUACAGACCCAGCCCCCCCCACCUAUGCUAGCCUAUUAAAUGCCUUUGUCUGCAAAAACUUUAGUGCAUUCUGACUUGACAUAGGCGCAUGUAACUCCAGUGUGCGAUAGAAUGAGUAGAUUUACGUAGACUUAGAUGGACAGGCACCUAUUUCAAGUCAGGGUAUUGCCAAAAACUUAAAAGUAGAUGUUCAAUUAUCUUCAUACAUACUUAACUGAUACACUAAGUUUAUUUUGGUAUUGUUCUUAAACUUAGAUGCUUUACAUUUCAUUAUCUUCUUUCAUUUGCAAUAGUCUUUAAUUGAUUCCGUAUAUUUUUUCAAUUGUAUAGUGUGUAUACCGGUAUGUAAAUAUUUACAAUCCAGGCCAUAUGCAGCCUUCUCAACUGCCUUAUAUGCAAAUAUUCGGAAUACUGUUAAGCAUUCAGUUGAAGAAAUAUGUGUGUAUAUGGCAAUCUGAUGUAUAAACAAUAGUAGGAGUCGUCCACUGCCAUCAGUUAAAACUGAUAUUGUACUUGAAAAUUUGUGUGUGGCUUAACAUUUUUAUAUUUAUCUUUUUCAUAAAAAAACAACUGUAUAACUAUUUGUAAAUAUUUGUUAUGUUACGUAACAGAUUAAAUGUUUGAACAUUGCUUAUUAAAAUGUCACUAUUGUUUUUUG